UUAGAAAAAUUUUGUGAUUUGUUGUUUUUGGGCGUGGAGCUGCACAAAAAUAUUUUUUAAAUUAAAUUUCAUUCGAAAACUACACAAAACAAUUGGAAAUAAAGGCAAACAUCAUGGGAGCCAGUAAUCGUAAUACACGAAUAGCUGUUGGAAUCUCAGGAUUUGCAUUUUUGCUCUUUGUAAUAGCAUUUGCAACGCCCUAUUGGUUAGUCACAGACGGACGUCUACAGAAUCCUCGUUUCACCAAUUUGGGCUUAUGGGAAGUGUGCUUUAAUGGCUUCCAAGAUAUACACAGAUUCUAUGACACACUCUUUACGGGCUGCAUGUGGGUAUUCGAAGAGGAAUACUAUAUUAUACAUGAUUUUCUGUUGCCUGGCUUUUACAUAGCCGUACAAGUGUUUGCUACCCUGUGUUUUGUUAUGUGUUUAAUCGCCCUACCACUGACUUUGUCCUUCCUGCGUACCUCGCGUGAUGAUGACCGUUAUGUAUUCUUGCUGUUGACUAUAGGUUCUUGUCAAGUGUUAGCUUCUUUAUUUGGUUUCUUAGCAGUGGUAAUUUUUGGUGCAAAAGGUGAUUCUCGUGAUUGGAUGCCUCAUUGGCAAAACAAUGAUAUGGGCUGGUCAUUUGCUUUAGCUGUAGUAGGUGCCGUCUUCCUGUUACCCGGCGGAGUUUUAUAUAUGAUUGAAGCUAGGCGUGAACGUUAUAAGCGUCUUAAUGAGAUCAGUAACCGUGAAGCUAUAAGUGAAUAUGGUGGCGAUGUUGACUACUAUCAGCAUGCUGCUCAACAAGAACUGCAACGUCAACAGCAGCAACAACUGCCACCACAACAGGUUGUACAAUCUUAUCAAGCACCUGAAACUAGCAGACCAAGACGUCCCCAACCGGGUCAUCGUACACCCACAGCUCCUCCAACGGUGGCUGUUAUUGGCGGUGGCAUUCAAACUGACAUAUAGAUCCAGAGUACGUAAGUAAAACGUAUUAUUGUCCAAACAUAUCCGUCCAAAACGCAUCACACAUUUGCUGCAAUAAGAUCAUAACUCAAAAUUUAAAGAUUUUUCCAUAUUUUUAACAUUAUCCAACAAAAAAGUUUAAAUUUAAACAACUAAUGAAUCUCUUUCUAUAAUCUUCUUAAAAGUUUACUAUAAACCACGUUAAACUCUUCAAACCCUUCUUACGCGAAACUUUAUGCUUGAGUUAUGACUUUAGUAGCCAAUGAAGCGACUUGUAUUUGUAGUUUUGUUUUUAAUUUUGUCCAUUUUUUUGUCAUAGCUAUUAAGUAUUUGUAUAGUCUAACUCGAAAUUUGUUAUUAUCCGAAUAUUUUUGAGGCCUUAAACGAAAAGUACUGUAUUUUACUGGUAUUGCCUUUUAUAUACAUUUACAUUUUAACUAAAACAUGUCCAAUAUUUUAUAUAGCAUGCUAUAUUUCCUCUACAAUUAAACCACAUUCCAAUUUUUACUAGACGAUGUAAGUUUAAAAUUGUCAUGUAUUUUGCGAAUCAAUAAAGUAUGUUUUUUUUUACAAAUUUUUAUGAAAAACAUUUACAGAGA